GCCAGGGGGCAGCUGCGUCCCGGCGUGAGGCUGCGCCUCUCCCGCUGCACCGCAGAGAGGAAAAUACCACCAGAUGGCGGUUUAGGAUUGCUGCUCUUCUCUACCAGGCGCGGCUCCGCUCUUACGGCCAAAUUUUUCCAAUAUAAAAACACGCCAAAUAAUAAAAAAGGGAUCGAUUUGUCGCUUCGGGAGGUGACGCUCGACCCGGGGAUGGUCGUUAAAGGUUGUCUCCUCAUCCCGCCCCCAUCUGUGCAGGGGAAACAUGAGUCACAUCAGGGUCUGGGGGGGGUAUAUGGAUGGAUGGAUGCAUGGAUGGGUUCCUCCAACCAACCUGUCAGCUGCUUGCGCUGCAAACCUCCUGUAUGACCUGCAUCCGUGUUGAUAGUGGGAACAGAAGAAAGUUAAGAGCCAGAGCGCUGUCAGUCGUGGAGACUUUCUGCCCCUCCAGAUAUCCCUUCCCCCCCCAUCCAAGCAUCAGACCUGUUCCAUUGAAACCUAAAACGUACACAUUUGACAACCUCACCCCUACACUACCAGGAUGAUCACCUCAGAGCUUCCUGUUCUCCAGGACUCGUCCAAUGAGUCCGGAGCAACAGACGCAGUAGGCCUCAGCAUGAGCAUGGGAGACAUGGAGGACCCGGAGGUGAAGGGCAAGAAGAAGAGAGGGAGGCCUGGGAAACAAGCUGCGACAGCCAAUAAGAAGCCAAGGAAGUCGCCAGCAGAGAAAGGUAUGGGCGGGGCCAGAGGGCGAGGCAAAGCCAACGGCGUGGCGCAACACAAUGGAGACGGCAUGGAUCCCAUUACCCUGUUUGAAGUUGUCAAACUGGGCAAGAGCGCCAUGCAGUCUGUCGUGGACGAGUGGAUCGAGUCGUACAAACAGGACAGAGACUUGGCCCUGCUGGACCUCAUCAACUUUUUCAUUCAGUGCUCUGGUUGCAAAGGCACGGUCAGGAUCGAGAUGUUCCGGAACAUGCAGAACGCCGAGAUCAUUCGCAAGAUGACUGAGGAGUUUGACGAGGACAGCGGCGAUUACCCCCUCACCAUGCCGGGCCCCCUGUGGAAAAAGUUUCGCUACAACUUCUGCGAGUUCAUCUGCGUGCUCAUCCGCCAAUGUCAGUACAGCAUCAUCUACGACGAGUACAUGAUGGACACGGUCAUCUCCCUCCUCACCGGACUGUCCGACUCGCAGGUCCGAGCCUUCAGGCACACGUCCACGCUAGCGGCCAUGAAGCUCAUGACGGCGCUGGUGAACGUGGCUCUAAAUCUGAGCAUUCACCAGGACAACACGCAGCGACAGUACGAGGCGGAGAGGAACAAGAUCGCCGGCAAGCGUGCCAAUGAGAAGCUGGAGCUGCUGCUGCAGAAGAGGAAGGAGCUGCAAGAAAACCAGGAUGAGAUCGAGAACAUGAUGAACUCCAUCUUCAAGGGCAUCUUUGUGCAUCGCUACAGAGAUGCGAUUGCCGAGAUUCGAGCCAUCUGCAUCGAGGAGAUCGGCGUGUGGAUGAAGAUGUACAGCGAUGCCUUCUUAAAUGACAGCUACCUGAAGUACGUCGGAUGGACGCUGCAUGACCGGCAAGGCGAGGUGCGUCUCAAGUGCCUAAAAGCUCUGCAGAACCUGUACACGAAUCGCGACUUGUUCCCCAAGCUAGAGCUUUUCACCAACCGCUUCAAGGACCGUAUCGUAUCAAUGACACUUGACAAGGAGUAUGACGUGGCUGUAGAGGCCAUCCGACUGGUCACUCUCAUCCUACAGGGCAGCGAGGACGCUCUGUCCAACGAGGACUGUGAGAACGUCUACCACCUGGUCUACUCUGCCCACAGGCCCGUGGCCGUGGCUGCCGGCGAGUUCCUGCACAGGAAGCUGUUUAGUCGUCAUGACCCGCAGGCGGAGGAGGCCUUGGCCAAGCGCAGAGGCAGGAGCAGCCCUAACGGGAAUCUCAUCCGCAUGCUGGUGCUUUUCUUUCUGGAGAGUGAGCUCCACGAGCAUGCAGCCUACCUGGUGGACUCCCUGUGGGAAAGUUCUCAGGAGCUGUUGAAAGACUGGGAGUGUAUGACUGAGCUGCUGCUGGAGGAGCCCGUGCAGGGAGAGGAGUUGCUUUCAGACAGACAGGAGAGCGCACUAAUAGAGCUGACGGUGUGCACCAUCCGACAGGCAGCAGAGGCCCAUCCUCCUGUUGGCAGAGGCACUGGCAAGCGGGUACUUACAGCAAAGGAGAGAAAGACCCAAAUAGACGACAAGAACAAACUGACAGAGCAUUUCAUCAUGGCAUUGCCCAUGCUGUUAUCCAAGUACCAAGCCGACUCAGAGAAGGUGGCCAACCUCCUGCAGAUCCCCCAAUUCUUCGACCUGGACGUGUACAGUGCCGGACGCAUGGAGAAGCACCUGGACGCGCUGCUGAAGCAGAUCCGUCAUGUGGUGGAGAAGCACAUUGAGACGGACGUGCUGGAGGCAUGCAGCAAGACCUACAGCAUCCUCUGUUCGGAGGAGUACACCAUCAUGAACCGCGUGGACAUCGCCCGCUCGCAGCUUAUCGACGAGAUGACCGACCGCUUUGCGCACUCUGUGGAAGAGCUGCUACAGGAGGCUGAGGAGGCAGACGAUGACGAUAUCUACAACGUCUUAUCCACCCUCAAGAGACUCACAGCCUUCCACAAUGCUCACGACUUGACACGCUGGGAUCUGUUCGGAAAUUGCUACCGACUACUGAAGGCGGGCAUCGAGCUGGGCUCCAUGCCUGAGCAGAUAGCCGUGCAAGCGUUGCAGUGCUCCCACUACUCCAUCCUCUGGCAGCUGGUCAAGAUCACAGAGGGGGCUCCCAGCAAGGAUGACUUGUUGGCCCUCAGGAGAGUAGUGAAGUCUUUCCUUGCCGUGUGCCAGCAGUGCCUGUCCAAUGUCAACACGCCCGUCAAAGAGCAGGCCUUCAUGCUUCUCUGCGACCUGCUGAUGAUCUUCAGCCACCAGCUGAUCUCCGGCGGGCGAGAGGGCCUCGAGCCGCUGGUCUUCAACCCGGACGGCACGCUGCAGAACGAGUUGCUCAACUUCGUCCUGGACCACGUCUUCAUCGACCAGGACGACGAGAACCAGAGCAUGGAGGGGGAUGAGGAGGACGAGGCCAACAAGAUCGAGGCCCUGCACAAGAGGAGGAACCUGCUGGCAGCUUUCUGCAAGCUCAUCAUCUAUGACAUCGUCGACAUGCCCGCUGCUGCCGACAUCUUCAAACACUACAUGAAGUAUUAUAACGACUACGGCGACAUCAUCAAGGAGACUCUGAGUAAAACGAGACAGACAGACAAGAUCCUCUGCGCCAAGACUCUCAUCCUCAGUCUGCAGCAGCUCUUCAAUGAGCUGCUGCAGGAUCAGGGCCCCAACCUGGACCGCACGUCAUCCCAUGUCAGCGGCAUCAAGGAGCUGGCGCGCCGCUUCGCCCUCACCUUUGGCCUGGAUCAGAUCAAGACCAGGGAGGCGGUUGCCACGCUGCACAAAGAUGGAAUCGAAUUUGCCUUUAAGUACCAGAAUCCUCGCGGACCAGAGUUUCCUCCGAUCAACUUGGCCUUUCUGGAGGUCUUGAGCGAGUUCUCCUCCAAACUAAUCCGCCAGGACAAAAAGACAGUGCACUCGUACCUGGAGAAGUUCAUGUCAGAGUCCAUGUCGGAGCGCCGGGAGGACGUGUGGCUUCCGCUGAUCUCAUACAGGAACAGCCUGCUGACAGGCGGAGACGAGGACCACAUGUCAGUCACGUCGGGCUCCAGCAGCAAGACAGGCUCGGUCCGCAGCAAGAAGGGACGACCGCCGCUUCACAAGAAACGGAUAGAGGAGGAGAGCAGCGUAGAGGGCUCGUGGUUGAUGCGUAAUGACACCUUACAGACACCGGGGGCGCUGCAAACUCCUCAGCUCACCUCCACAGUCCUGCGAGAGAACAGGCCAGCAGAACACAUGCCAGACCCGGAUUCGGAACCCGGAUCGGAAAACGACUACGUGCACAACCCUCAGAUGCAGAUGUCAUGGCUCGGCCAGCAGAAGAUGGAGGAGGUGAGCAGGAAAGACCGGACGGCCAUGAACUACAUCAAGUCACGCAGCAAUCAGGGCGUCAGGCAGACCGUGCGCGGGCUGAUGGAGGAUGACGCGGAGCCCAUCUUUGAGGACGUGAUGAUGUCGUCGCGGGGCCAGCUGGAGGACAUGAAUGAGGAGUUUGAAGACACCAUGGUGAUCGACUUGCCGCCAUCGAGGAACAGACGUGAGAGAGCGGAACUGAGACCGGACUUCUUUGAUUCUGCAGCCAUGAUCGAGGAUGAGUCGGGGUUCAGCAUGCCCAUGUUCUGAUGUGGGGGGGUGAGAUUGAAACCAACAAUCCUUAACAAUCCGGAUCCUAAUCAGGCGUAAACAGAGGUGAUGGUGGUGGGGAGGGUGGAUGACCUGUCAAUCACUCCUUUCAGAAGAAGCAGUUGUCCUUCACUCGUCCUUAUAAGAGACGAUGGAGGCGCCACGUGUGGACACUCUGGAGCUUCACGGUGCUCCUCGCCAGUUGCUCGGCGCCAGGUUUGGGAAAAAAGUGUUCCACAGGUGUUCCCUUGCUAAAACACACUCUGUACAGCCCCGCCCACUUAACCCCAGAACCCCUUCCCUCCCUUCUUCUUCUUCUGGUGUCGCACUUUGGUCCAUCCGCUUCAGUUGAAACAUAAAGAGCGGUUUUCAGCUCUACGUGUUCUGUCUUUUGCUCUUAUGACCACCAGUUCUAGCCAGUUCCAGGGAAGGCAAAAGGUCCACAUGGAAGACGCAACUGCGCCCUCUUGUGUGCAGAUAGGGACUUGCCCCGCCCCGCCUCAGCUCUAUUCUGCACCCUCCCAAUAUAGCAGUUUUUUUUUUUAUAUUUGUUUUUUCUUAAAAAAAGACAUUUUGAUUAGUAGCUUUAGUAUUAAAGGUUUAAAUCCAGUGUGCUUUUUGUUUGUUUGUACAGUGUUUUCUUCUCGAAUGUGUAUUCUUGUUUGUUGCCAAAUGGUGGCCUACAUACUUCUCUUCCAGAUCUUCUGGCCGUCACGACUCACUUUUUCUUUCGUUGUUGUUCUUUUCUUCACUGCUUCCGUAUUUGCAGCUUUUAUCUCCUCUCUGUCUGUGUGCCACUCAGUCGGCCGCGCACUGUUGUUUGACUCGUGUAUUGAUGCGUUAUUACGUAUUUGUUUGAAUGUGGUUUGAAUGUGUCUUCUUCUCUCGCCGUUCACCGUUUGUUUUUUUUCUCCUGUAAAUAUCCAGAGACAGUCGCAUCUUUUCUGCAGAGCCCUAAAACGCUCUCUCCCCCCUCUCCCCCUGUCAACCUUAAAUUGUUUUUAAAGAAAAUAAAAUCUGUAAUCAGUUGAUGGACUUAGACUUUUAAUUGUAUUUUGCACAUUUAAAACGUCCCAGCUUACUAAUUAGUACUUUCAAAUUAUUGUAAUAUUAGCACUUUUUUUGGUUUCUACAAUUAUUUUUAUUCAUUCAAAAAUACCUUCAAUCAAAAUGUAGGCGAUAGUUACCAUGCUGUAGACUUUCAGGCCCUGUCCACACGGAAACGUUUCUGCAACAUUUUUUUUUGUUGAGUUGGAAAAAAAUUGUGUCCAGACUGUGCCAGAUUAGUAAAUAAAUAGCUGCAUCCACACGGAAACAGAUCACUGGACGAAAAUGGUGAAAACACAAGGCAUACCUGCGUGUGGUGCUGUAAACAGACACGCAGACGGAACCACAUGACACACCAAACUAUAGAACAUCGGUCUUCAAUUCAAAUUGUGUAAGGUCCGUUUAUGCAAUUUUUUUCAAAGCCAAGGUCUGAACCUUAUUUUGCCUAAAAUUGCAUCAAACAGACUAGCUUAUGGGAAUAUCAAAUGUAACGAAACCCUGCACAUCACCCAACACCACAAUUAUUUGGGCACCUUAAUUGCAUUUAAAAGAAAACGGGACCAAAUUUCACAUCAAUAAUAAAACGUUUGCACAAACACUGAACACAGGAGACUUCUCUUUAAGUUAAAAGAAACUGCACCGGUUUCUCUGAAAAAAUAAUAGUUAAUGUUUUACUCCAAUAUCCAUACAAUCCUUAGUGAAGACUCAUUUGCACGUCGAUGUGCUGUAAAUGUGUUUGCUAUGACGCUCGUAGAUUUUUCAUACUGGAAUAUAAGCGUUAUUUUCCGCGCACCUACAUCAGACGUGGGAGGAUACUUCCCCUCGAAUGAUGUGUGUGUCGUCAAGUUGUCGCGUCACAUUUGUACUUUUGAGCAGCGCUAGUUUAAGAGAAAUGUAAGAAUAUGAGAAACAGCAGUUUGGCAUUGAAUUCUGGGGAAAUGAACACAUAUAUUGGUCCCUCCGUUCACUUUUAAUGUUCACUUUUUUAUAAACUUUUCAGCAAGCCGUGGUUGUCAUUCGAGGAUUAAGGGCAUAGAAAGUGGAGGGAUUGUUCUCAUUCACGCGGCAAGUAAACAAACGACUUCAUUGGCUAAUUGUUAGUGACGUCAUUGCAUUCGCUUUCACGUAACCGUAAUAACUUAAGUAAUUACGCACGCAAACAGCCGCCGCGAUCGGUCCGCGAGCAUGUUUGUAUAUUAUACUUCCCAUUCACUUUAAUUGGUCACGGGUAGGCAAAGGGCCAUCACUGGGUCCGGCUCCAGACCGAGGUCUGCCAUUUAGCGUCACAUAUAGAAGAAAGAACGUAUGCGCGUAAAUCCGUCGUUUUAUGCUUUCUAAGGCUCAUCUAUACUUGGGAGGAAGUGGAAUUAUUUCUACGAGUCAUUUUGGAGAAAAAGACAACAAAAUAUC